AGACUUGUCAUCAGUUGUGCAAAUAAAGGAACUUAGUGGAAUCAACUUGUACGUAGGAGGUAGAGAUGAGCGACAAAAUUCAGCAGCCAUUAUUCAGACAAUCGGCUCCAUCUGUUGGUUUCUCACCACCAGUGCCACCUUUCUUGAAUACAACAAACUACACAGUACCCCAAGUGGUGAAUUCUGAACAUAUAAUUGCUCCACCUGCAAGCAGGGCUGGUGAGAUUCGACCCAUUGCAAGAGUAUGUGCUCAAUCGAGUAUAGUACAACCCACACCUUUAUCAGCGAUGUCUUCGCCAAUGACACAUUUUCACAAUACUGGGCUCAGUGAAAGACAUGCUGGCAUAUAUGGGCAGAAUCUAUCCUUACGCAUCCCAAUUCUUAAUUCAAACAUUGUAAACCAACAAAUGAGUAUGCCCCAUACAAAUAUUCCUCCCACUGCUGGUAAUAUCACCAAUAUAGAGGACGUCAAAAAUUUAGGAUUAAAUUGUAAUAUUACAAAGGCUCAAACAUCGCUUCAACCACCAUUCAUGUUCAACAUGGGAGAUAUAGACUCAACGGGUAUAAAAGUGACCAAUCAGAAGUGCAAUACAGUUUGGGGUCAGAGUAUACCCACAACAUUUCAGUGGGAAAGCACCAGAAACUUGGAUGAAGAAUUUGGUGGUUCGAGUUCACAAAAUGCUUUUAAAUCAAGGAGAGUGCUUGCAAAGAGAAAAGCUGCAAGAGACUCUCCUAUUCCAACAAAGGUUUACAUUACAGAAAAGGAAAUGGCGCGGAGAAUCAGUAAUCUAAACCUUGAUGGGACCCCACCAUGUAGAAACAGAUCACUUUUCUCAGAUUUAGACCCCAAGUCCAGAGCACAAAAGCAACUUGAUGAAAUAGAUAUGAGGCUACAGGCAAUAGAGGACGAGGAUGAUGAAGUCCUGUUGGAAGAAGAGAUGACCGAAGAUCUGCCAAAACUUCAACUUUCUGAUGAAGUAAAAAAAUCUCUUAACGUAGCAGCUGAACUACUCCCGCAUGACCUACUAGCAAAAAUCCCACCGAGUCCAAGUCCCAAUAUGCAAGUGGUCUUGUGGAAGCCAAACAACGACGUUGUGAAAGAAGUAAUACAAUCAGUGCUAAACAAUAAAAACAGAAAAAGAGGGACAUCACCUGUUACCGUGGAAACCGUCAACCAAUCAAAUGGCAUGAGUGUUACACUGAACAGGAUGGAUGGGAUUGAUGAUGCUCCUUUGAUUUCAAAAUCAUUGCCAUAUGAUAAUAUCAACAAAAGAGGGCACCAGGAACCCCUCCCGAUGGAUGACAUGGAUGAAUGACCAUAUUUGGACUGAUUAUAGUGUUAUUAUGAUGUCACUCAGAGGAGGUGAAUUCCCAUGAAUCUAUAUGACAAUUGGGAAGAGGAUUCAAAUGAUCCACUUUAAAAAGAGAACAUGGAUGAAUGACCUUAUAUGGACUGACUAUAGUUUUAUUGUGAUGUCAUUCAAAGGAGAUAAACUCCCAUGAGGCAAUGCUGCAAAGGAGGAGCUUUACACCAUGAGAAAUAAUUUAAAUACAUACUCAGGGCUCUGACUAGGAAAUUACUACAAUAAAACCUGUCUAAAUGGAACACCUUGGGUUCUCCUAAAAAGUGUUCCACUUGGGA